AAAGCACCACCAUCCUAAAGUGCACAACGUUAACACAUUCUCUACCAUAAAAACAACUGCAUAUAUACAUUUUAUGCACAAAGCAGAGAACGACUAAACAUCAUAAUGUCAUUUUCAUCUUCCUUUUUCUCAGUUCUAACUCCAUUCCCAACAAAAUGGGAAGGAAUCUGUAAUUCCCCUCUGAGGUUGCUCCAAUUCACCCUUCUUUUAAUGGCGAUGAUGAUAAGUUUAAGCCAGGCAAAUAACUACCACCCCAUUAUCCUCAUUCCGGGCGCCGGCGGCAAUCAAUUAGAAGCCCGGCUAACUUCAGAGUAUAAGCCUUCCGGCUUGUUCUGCGACCGGUGGUAUCCGAUCAAGAAGGAUCCCGAUGGUUGGUUUAGGCUAUGGUUCGAUCCUACCAUAUUGAUAACUCCAUUUACAAAGUGCUUUGCUGAGAGGAUGAUGCUGUAUUAUGAUAAUGAACUCCAUGACUAUAAAAAUGCACCUGGGCUUCAAACCAGAGUUCCUUAUUUUGGUUCUGUUAAAUCCCUUCUCUAUCUCAAUCCUCGUCUCAAGAGAUUAACUUCAUACAUGGCUCCUCUGGUGAAAGCCUUGGAAGAAAUGGGCUAUAGAGAUGGUCAAAAUCUGUUUGGGGCACCCUAUGAUUUUCGUUAUGGUUUAGCAGAAGAAGGGCAUACUUCAAGGGUUGGUUCAACCUACCUAAAUGACCUAAAAAAUCUAGUUGAAAAUGCAAGUGCUUUAUGUGAUGGAAUGAGAGUAAUCCUAUUAUCCCACAGUUUAGGAGGCUUGUAUGUUCACCAAUUACUCACCAGGAACACACAAUCAUGGCGUAAGAAGUAUAUCAAACACUUUAUAGCUCUCUCCACCCCGUGGGGCGGCGCAGUUGAGCAAAUGCUCACAUUUGCAUCUGGAAACACAUUGGGGAUUCCAUUUGCUAACCCUUUGCUUGUCAGAGAUGAGCAAAGAAGUUCAGAGAGUAAUUUAUGGCUCUUGCCUUCUCCAACAGUGUUCCCUUCAGGAAAACUUCUCGUGAUCACGAAAAACGCUUCGUAUUCAGGGGCUAACAUUGCACAAUUCCUCAAAGAUCUCGGGGUUGAAAACAGAGUUUAUCCUUAUAAAUCAAGAAUUUUGCCAAUGCUCCGUAAUUUUGACCUGCCUAGUAAAGUUAAGGUGACUUGUAUGAUAGGCUGUGGAGUUAAGACCCCGGAGACGUUGAUUUAUGGUGAAGCUGGAUUCGACGAGAAGCCGGAAAUCGUGUACGGGGAUGGAGAUGGAACGGUGAAUAUGAUCAGCUUGCGGGCUCUGGAGAUGGAAAGGAAAGGCAAUAAAAACUCACAUGAGUAUGUUAAGUUGAUCAAAAUGGCAGGGGUUUCUCAUGGGGGUAUAUUGAAGGAUCGUGCUUCUCUCCGUAAGAUAUUGAAUGAAAUUAGUGGUAUUAAUUCUGGGCACGAAUCUGAUUCAUCUGCAUUGAGGACGACUCAAUGAUAUUUAAUGGUUUUUAGUUCUGAAUUUUGAUUCAGUUGUAGUUUGUAAUGAUUAUUAGGGUGGUACCUUACUGGCAUACCCCUGAUUCAGUUGUAGUUUGCCGUUCCGUUCAUCCACUUGUUGAAUUUUAUUUGGAGUUUGUUUUAGCUCAAGGUUAUUGAAGAUCACUUGAAAGAGGGUUGGUUUAGAUUUUUUGUAUCAAUUGAUUGUGCAUAAGUUGUACUUUAGCAAGGAAAUUAUUAUGGUCAAAAUUAUAUUAUUUUGAAAUGCAUGCUUAGUUACAUGACAAAUGAAACGUAUUAAUUUAAAAUAACGUUACGACAUAAGAAGGGAUGUUAUACAGAAGUUUCAAUCUUCACAGUUGUGCUUUGUGUUUCAUAGACUAGAUUUUGAGGGUGUGGUGAAAAAAUGAAAAUGAAAGGGAAUGAGGUUGUGUUGAGCAUGAAUCGAGGAUUAGUUGGUGUUAUUCGAGAUUUGAU